CACACACACACACUGGUGGAAGAGCUUUAGGACGCACUUUGGGUUCAGUAUCUCGCCCAAGGACACGCAGGACACGCAGACUUCAGGGGCGGGGAUCGACCCGCCGACCCCUCCAGUUAAUGUCACAUAUUGUGGCACUGCUUCAUACCACUGCACCGUGAAAGGAAGAGAGAGGCAGAACAGAGGAGCACCGGCUCGGUAUACGCCCAUGUCAGCUGUCGAGGUCCCCCUCUCACCGGCUGCCAACGCACACCUUUGCUGCACCUCCUCCUCUGAGUCUAUGCAGUGGAGCGCAGGCAGGACGUACACGGAGGCUGCGUGUGGACGCGUGCACUUCAGGGAAACACCCCGCACGCGAGCUGAGCGCGAGCUGAAGGAGAAGUGUCUUAGCUGGGUUCAGAGGAGUGCGGGAGAUGUUGACUGACUGACUGACUGACUGACUGACUGACUGACUGAACGGUCGAGGAUGCUGACGGUGUAGUCUGUGCUGUGCUGCGCUGCGCUGCGCUGUGCUGCGGGAGACACGCGCUUUUCUUUCCUCCUCCGUCGGGACACUGUAGUUACUGUAAGUGGAUCCAGUGAGCUACAGAGACCCUCCACAUCCUCUCUCCUCUGCUGCUGGGAUUUGCCCUUGCCCGGUGCCGUGAUGCCUGUUCCUCCUCUCAUCGCACUCUUCUUGGUUCUGCUGGGUGUGCUGACAACAUGUGCCCAGACAGAGAUGAAGAAAGUUGUUGGAGACAAUGCCACACUGCCCUGCCACCAUCAAUUUUGGGUGGGUGAUGACCCUACACUGGACAUUGAGUGGCUGCUACUCAAGCCAACCAACAGGCAAAGAGUGGUGAUCACCUACUUUGCUGGACGGGUGUUUGACCCAAAUGAAGCAGAGCAUGGCCGUGUCACCUUUGCUGGAGAGUACUUAAAAGGUGAUGCCUCCCUGCUGAUCAGUGACUUGUCUCUGACAGACUCAGGAGAGUACAGCUGCAAAGUCAAGACUGGUGCACAGUACCAUUGGAGCACCAUCAGCCUCAUAGUGCUGGUGAAGCCGUCAAAGCCGCGGUGCUGGAUGGAGGGCAAGCUAUUGGAGGGCGGUGAUGUUAAGAUGAGCUGCAAGUCUGCUGAUGGCUCUGAUCCCAUCUACUACAAGUGGGAGAGGGUAACGGACAAGGGCAAGUAUGUUGGCAAGCUGCCUGCACUUGCUCUGAUAGAUUUGAAAAACCCAGAGAUUGUGACUUUGAAGAACUUGACCAAGGACAGCACUGGGGUCUACAAAUGUACAGCCAGCAAUGAUGUGGGCGAGGAGAGCUGCACAGUGGAGGUCAAGAUGCAUUAUGUCAGAGGAAUGGGUGUGUUAGCAGGGGCAGUGGUUGGUGUGUCAUUUGGAGUCCUCCUCAUCAUACUCAUCAUCUGGUUGGUGUUCCGCAAAAAGGAGAUGAAGAAAUAUGAAGAAGAAGAGACCCCAAAUGAAAUCAGGGAGGAUGCAGAGGCUCCCAAAGCCAAGCUGAUGAAGCCCAACUCCCUCUCCUCAUCCCGCUCCGGCAGCUCUCGCUCAGGCACCUCCUCCACCCAGUCCAUGAUGCAUAACAUGGGGUUUAGGGGCCAAAGAGCCUGUGUUCCAGCUGUGGCUGCCCACAAAGUAAACUGCCAAGCCUCCACCUUGCCUCGGUCUUCACCUGGCUACAUUCAGACAGCUCCCAAGACUCCUGAACCCCGUUCAACACCAACCUCCACGUCUACCUCCAACUCCAAACCCAGCCCUCCCCCUAAACUGAGUUCUGGGAACCUGACCCGCAUGGGGGCAACUCCAGUUAUGAUCCCUGCGCAAACCAAAGCUUUCCAGACUGUGUAGAAUACGUAGAAUCACACAGAGGACAGGACCAAGACAGCCUCAGGACAUGGCAUCCUGCUGAAGCCAAGAGUUAAACUUUGAUCAAGAUCCAGUUAUAUUAUCUAGAUAUAUUCUCACCAUACAAAAUCUGAUGGAAUCUUUAUUUAACUCCUGGAGAAUCCUUGCUUUGUACUUUACAUCAAAAUAGGAACAAACUUCUGUGUGUUGAUGGAGGUGUUUGAAGGACCGUGAUUGUGAAAGACAAAGAGGUGUUGGGACUGAAGCAGCAGUAUAUUGUUUAUGGAGGGAUAUGAUUGCACAAGCCAAGGACUGAACAAGAUCAGAAGAAAUUGAAGGUGUGUGCCACACUAACUAACACUGAAAGCAUAACAGUGCAACUUCAUACUCUUAGCAAAAGAUAAUUAACUGCUCACUGAUGCAGCUGAAGAGGUUAGACUAGGGAAUAGUAUAAAAAUAACACUACUGGCUUUCACAGGAUCAUUUAUACAUUUAAUGAGCUGGAACACCUUCCAACAUACAGCACUACAGUACAGCACUUGACACCUGCAAAUCAAAAAAACCUGACACCCAAAAGACUAAACCUAUUAAAGUGGUUCAACUGUAGGUUGUUAGAGUAUAAAAUUUGGAUGAAUGGCUCAGAUUGUUUAAACAUAUGCUGAAUAUUUCCAUCAAUACAGUACCUGUGUCACACGCUGUAACAUGGCCACACAGUAUAUGAUACUGAAUUCCUUUUUCUCUGUGCCGACUUAAAAACAGCGUGUCAGUAGUUUUAGAGUGAAUUCACCUCACGUCACAUCUCAUGUUCAUCUUAUUUAUAUCUAACAUAUCAAAGUUAGAAGAGAAUGCAGAGAGAUGUGUCAUUUACAAUACUUUUUUUUCAUGAAAUUGAAUUCACAGGAUCAUGGAGGACUGACAUUUUUAAAGAUUGUUACAGGGCUGACUAGAGGCCCUAUCAAGAAAGUACCGCAUUGUGAUGGUUUACAUUUUAUUUGUUUAUUUUAUCCUGUUUCACGUGUAUCUUCUUUUUAAUCACAGAAUGAAAAACUGUAUGAAUGUGAUACUAAAUAAAACGUGUUAUAUCAGACUGUUCUCACUCUAAACACAGCAAAUACUGCAGCUUGGUCAGUGACCCUAUGUUUCUCAGUUUGAUGCUGUAGUCACCCCUCCAGCAUCACUUCCUACAGCAUAUUGCAUGUUAAUAUAUUAUUUCUCACUUGACCUCUAAAAGUGAUAUAAAAAGUAUACAAUGGUUUAUAUAAUAGUUUGAAGCUUAAGGCCACUGACCAAGUUGCCAUAUUUGAUAAAUUGGGAGUGGGAACAGGUUAUUUAU